CCUGUGGAGGGCAGCGUUAUUUUUCGAAGAAGGCGGCCAAAGUAAUGCAUCAUUAUGGAUGCGAGACGCGACUGCCAUAAAGCAACGAAAAAGAAAAGGAAGAAGGACAACAAGCGCUACAAGAAAUGGAGUGACCGUGAAAGGGAAGGCUAGCCAAAGGACAGAGGAGAAGAAGGCAGUAAUGCACAAUUACAGAUGACAACUCAGCUUUCACAUUCACAUUCACUGCCUUUUCAGAAGGACAAGUAUGUUCUGGUUCCACUUUGUCAGAGUCCAGUUUAGUAAACAUUACUGACUCCAAUAGGAGGUUUAUUCUGGUGGAGGAAAAGCCACGUUGCCGGGCAGAAUGUCCUACAGAGAAUUAAGAGACUUCACUGAAAUGAUGAGAGCGCUGGGCUUUCACAGGCUGAUCUCCAUCGAAAACUUCCGAACACCAAACUUCACGUUAGUGGCAGAGAUCUUGAUGUGGCUCGUCAAGAGAUUUGAGCCUCACACGGACAUUCCCUCAGACGUGGCGACAGAGUCCGACAGAGUGUUCUUCAUCAAGGCCGUAGCCAAGUUCAUGGCAAUGGAGGUCGACGUCAAGCUGAACACCAAACACCUUUACCAGGCCGAUGGGUACGCAGUGAAAGAGAUGCUAAAGAUCACCGUGAUGUUGCACACGCCUAUCAAGACCAAACACAUGGCCCUGGAGGACAGGGUCCAGGAAGCUAACAACAAGUUCAAGUUUGAGCUCGGCUCGCGUAUUUCAGACAUUAAAGCGGCGCGGCAGCUGGCGUCCGAGGUCAUGUCUAAAGGAGCGUCUCUCCACGAUCUACUGGGACAAGAGGUGAAACUGUGGGAGAAGAGAACCGCUGCCAUCGCAAGACCUUUGGAGAUCAACAAGACUGAGAAGGUCCUGACAGCGACCAUCAGGGAGGUUCAUGAGAGCAUCGAGAAGACCAAAGACGCACUGAGCAAUGUCAUGUGUGACGAGACCACCCUGGACGGCAAGAUUGAGAAGAAGAGGCAGGAGCUCGAGAGGAAGCAGAAAAAGCUGCAGUCGCUGCAGAGCGUCAAGCCGGUGUUCAUGGACGAAUACGAGGCCAUCGAGCAGGAGCUGAAAAGGCAGUAUGAGAUCUUUGUGGGCAAGUUCGGCAAUCUCUGCUACCUGGAGUCGCAGCUGGAUGAAUAUCACAGACAGGAGAAGGAGAGGACUGGAAACACAAAGAAGAUGCAGCACAAACUGAGGGAGAGGGAGAGAGAUAUGAGGAGGAGGAGGAGGUCUGAGACGGACAAGGACGAUUUAGAGGAUCAAUCGGAGGAUGAAUCGGAAGCAAAAUCACAAUCGGGCUCAAACAGCGACUUAGAAGAGUCAAACUUCUGAGUCUGGGCCAACAAAAAUGAUGAACUGAAAGAGAGUGAACAGCGAUCGCUGACUCAUUGUGUGGCUUUUAAUUUGCUUGUUUUUUUGUCCUGUUUUGACGUGCGAUACAAAUACAGUUAUGUUCGAUGCUUUUUAUGGGAACUGAAAUUGCAGCAUAGAUCAAUGUUCUUCAUCUACUGUUCCCACACUUCAACUGUAAAAAAAAAAAAACUUUUUCAAAUCUACUUUGACACAUUUUAUUAAGUUAUGCAUUUGUGACCUUCUGUUAUACUGUAAUUACAAUCACAGGGUUGUACCAAAGAAAGAAAGCAAUAAAAUACUAAGCUUGUCAUAAAACCAACACAAAAAAUAACGUGUUGUUGGUCUUCUCUUAGUAAUGUAACAUCAUUUAUUCACUUUUCUGUUGUAACUUCAAAAUAGCAGAUCAGUAUUUCUCAGUUUGGAGUAAAGUGUUUUCUCCCGCGAGAGACAAAACCACGAGCAUUCUUCCAAAUCUGUCGUCGGAUCUCCUGAUCCAGGACAAUCCAAUUUGGGCAAAUGUGUGCUGAAUAAUAAUUUGUAUUCUAGUUCAAAUGCAGCAACACCUGCUACCUGUCAAUUUAUUUUCUGUGUCUGUUUCCUUAUUGAGUAAAUAAACCAAGUGUGUGUUGAACAGGGAGAAUUGAAAAUGACUGAAAAGCCCCCACAGUUACAUUCGUGUGAUUUCUAUUUUUGAAGCUAAAAUGACUUUGUUGACAUGUCUACACACACACACGAUGAUAAUCAUUUCCUGGUUUGGUGGCUCUUGUUUUCUCGUUCAGACCGAGUCUGCUGCGUGCUGGACAUGUGGUCGACAUGUUGUUCAUGACAGUUUUGCCUCCAGUAAAACAGACGUGACUCUUACAUCAAAAACAGAACAAAUAUGAGACAAAAAUAUUCCUGUAAAAGUGCACUGUUGUUCCGCGGUCCCUGCCCUGAACUGACUAGCGUUUCCUGACGUCCACGCCCACCUGUCCACCUGUUCACCUGUUCUUAAUCACUUCAUCAGCGCCUUGCUAUUUAAAGCCGACCCUCCUCUUUCCUUCACUUUGCUGCCAGUUUGCAAACAUUCGCCUCAUUGUUCCUGAUCUU